GACUACACGACUCGCGUUCUUCGUUGUUUCUUUUUCUUUGCCGACCCCCGCUGGCCACAGCGUUGUAAUUUUUCAUCCGGGUGUGCAAAUUGGUAAAGUCCAGAUUAGGUGGCAAAAUGUUGUCAGUGGAAUCGUUCGUCAAUGGUUGAAUUGAAGUAAAGUAAUAAUAAAUCGCUGCUGGUUGUGUUCCAAAGUAAAGUGAAAGCACAAGUGUAUUUGAAUAUGAAUGUUAUACAAUUCGGUAGAAGUUGAUUCGACAAAUAGUGGAAAAACCGAUUCAGUGACGAAAAGCAGCCAAAAAUAAUAAUGAUUCAUUGAUUGAUUGUUUCUUCUUUUUCUUGACCACCCCGGUAUAUGGGUCAAAAAAGUGAAAAGUGUUUGUUAGUGAAGUGAACGACAAAAUAUUAGAUUUUUAGUAGAAGGAGGCAGAGUAGCAAAAGUAAAAAAAAAACAAUUCAAUAAACAACUACAUUUGCAACAGACGGCAGGAGGCAGUAGCAACAGUGAAAAUACCUGUUCAAAUUUUGAAAUACUAAAUAGUGCACCACCCACGUGAGAAAGAGAUUUCGUAGCUGCAGCCUGUCUCUGGGGGCUGUUCCGGGGUGGGGGCGAGAGUAUUGAGCCUGGACUGAUUAUAAACAACUACCAACCAGUUGGUUCUCGACCAACGCACCAAGGAUCGUCGCGCUGGAAAGGAAACGGCGAUAUCGACAUCAACUUAACACGCUUCCGGUAUAAAUUACCCACACAAACACACAGACCAGGAUGGCGUACCAGAAGCCUUCCGAUAUCGACGGAUAUGUCACGCAGAUGGCGAAGGCCGAUAUGCGCGUGAAGGCCCAGCUGGCCGAAGAUCUCGUGCUGUACCUGAGCGACUCGGAGAACUCGAUCGAAUGCACCGACCUAGGGUUGCUCAUUGAUGGACUGAUUCCGUGGAUGACCGGAAGUCACCAUAAGAUUGCACAACGCGCAUUAGAAGCAUUCACGGAGCUGAUCGUUCGGUUGGGACAGGACUUUAACGCAUAUACCUCGACAAUCCUGCCUCACGUGAUUGACCGGCUUGGCGACAGUCGUGACACGGUACGAGAGAAAGCUCAGCUAUUGCUGCACAAGCUGAUGGAGUGUCGCGUGGUCGCGCCACAAUCGCUGCUGGACAAACUGAGCAUUUGCUUCAAGCACAAGAACUCGAAGGUGCGCGAAGAGUUCCUGCAAACGAUCGUCAGUACGUUGAACGAGUAUGGGACCCAGUCGUUGUCGGUGAAAAUGUACAUCGCUCCCAUCGUAAGCCUGCUCGGUGAUCCUUCGCCAACAGUGCGCGACGCUGCAAUCCAGACAUUGGUCGAGAUUUAUAAGCACGUCGGUGACAAAUUGCGGAUUGAUCUCAAGAAGCGCGAGGUCCCGCCGACGAAGGUGGCAAUUCUUGAGCAAAAGUUUGACGAAACACGCAAUGAUGGCUUGUUGUUGCCUUCAGCACUGACUUCAGCAGCGGCGGCUGGUGGUGGUGGCCACGACGAACUUGACCGGGUCGCUGUCGUGGAACGCCCGACGCGAUUGCUGAAGCGAAACCCGUCAGCUACGCCGAGGAAGCCUCUUUUUGACACGCAAGCGCAGGGUUCUGGUGACCUGCUGCUGGCGGCGGGCGCCGUCUCAGCAGAGGUUUUCGAGUCGUCGUUCGAAAAUGUGCCUCAACUGACGAUUUUCUCGCAGCGAGACAUGGACGAACACAUGAAGUCGAUCAACACGCUCAUCGGUGACAAGAAUGUCGACUGGGAGAAGCGCGUGGACGCCCUGAAGAAGAUCCGCUCCAUGCUAAUGAUCAACAUCCAGAGCUCACCCACCUUCAUUCAGCAGCUGAAAGAUCUUUCGAUCGCGUUUCUUGACAUCCUCAAAGAGCUUCGAUCGCAAGUGAUCCGGGAGGCAUGCAUUACGCUCGCGUACAUGAGCAAGGUACUAAAAAAUCGCCUGGAUCAGUUCGUCAUAUACAUCCUGCAGGAGCUGAUCAACCUGAUACAGAACUCUGCCAAGGUAAUCUCAUCGGCUGGCACCAUCGCGCUGAAGUACGUGCUGCGCUUCACCCAUGCACCCAAGAUCAUCCCAAUCUUGACCCAGAAUCUCAUGCUCUCGAAAUCGAAGGACAUCCGCAGUACACUUUGCGAAGUAAUGAGCCUGCUCUUUGAAGAGUGGCCCACGAAAGCGCUCGAAAAGCAUAGCACUCUACUGCGGGAAGCCCUGCGGAAGGGUAUGUCUGAUGCGGACAACGAUGCUAGAAGGCACAGCAGAUGUGCUUUCUGGAGCUUCCGACGACACUUCCCAGACUUGGCGGAAAAUCUUUACGCCUCGCUUGACGUUUCCACGCAGCGUACGCUGGAGCGCGAGCGGGACAAUCUCGGAACAAACGCCGCAGCUGCUGGUGGCUUUAGAAGUGUGUCUGCCGUUGAUACUGCCGCUGCCCAACGUGCUCGGGCAAGGGCCCAAUACUCUACCUUGGCACGGAUGAAAGUGACUUCCGGAACCGCAUCUCUACAAGGACACUACGCGCAGCAAGCACGUGCUAAAAAGACACCGACAUCAGCAUCCGCCACAACAUCCUCUUCCAACACGGCCACGCCACCGCAACCUCCUACACCGGAGCGCAAGAUCAGAUCGAGAGCGGGAGUAUCACAGUCACAGCCAACAUCCAGAAGUACGUCACCUUCCAGCAAACUGCGGGAUAUGUACAGCGGUGUAACGUCUUUGUAUCGUCAAACGGGAACGGUACCGAAAAAGCCGCAGUCUGGAAUACCUCGUUCGCUGGCCAACUCACGCGAAACCAGUCCAACAAGAACACAAAACCAGUUUGGAUCGCUGAGGCGUCACGCAUAUGGCACCAGCAGUCCUAGAAGGCCCCCACUGAAUCCUGGCCGUCCAGUGUUGGCACAGAAAAUCCUCCAACAAAGUCGUGAGGCGGAGAAUGCGCUAGCCGAUGCACUUUCACCUUCCGACGAACCCGAUAUGACGUGCAACGAUUUUGCUCGCUUAGCGCUUCACCGGAAGAUUUCUCGUGAUGAAUCUGAUGAAAGUGAGGCAUCCUCUGUGUGCUCAGAGCGUAGCUACGAUAGCUAUCGAAGGGGUAAUGAAUCUUUCUCGUGGAACGGUUCACGGACCCGUUUGGACAGCUCGCGACAAGUUAUCGACGAUAUCGAGACGAUCAUUCAACUCUGUGCUUCAUCACACUGGUCUGAGCGAAAGGAUGGAUUAAUCAAUCUGACACAGUACCUCAGCGAAGGCAAAAUGCUAACGUACCAACAGCUGCAGUGUGUGUUGGACCUAUUUCGGAAGAUGUUCAUGGAUCCGCACAUAAAAGUUUACGCACUGUUCCUGGACACCGUGAACGAGUUAAUCCUGUCGCACUCGAGCGACCUACAAGAUUGGUUGUUCAUACUACUGACGCGUUUGUUCAAUAAGCUUGGCACGGAUCUACUCGGCUCCAUGCACGGUAAGAUCUGGAAGACACUACAACUAAUCUACGAAUACUUUCCCGCGGAUCUGCAGCUUCAAUGUGUCUUUCGAAUACUGGUCGACAGUGUGCAAACACCGAACGUUAAAACUAGACAAGCGACAUUAAAAUUUCUCUCUCAACUGGCCACAAGCUAUUGCACCGCUUCUCAGUUUGUGGUACAUCCGCAAAAUCAACAGGUGGUCAAUCAUGCGAUUCAGAAAAUUAUCCAGACGUCCCUCGAUCAGAAAAGUAUCGAGCUAAAGUCACAAGCUCGCCUGUGUAUCGUGGCGCUCUACAAUUGUAAUCCUUCGCAGAUGACCAUGACACUAGCCAAUCUUCCAAAACAGUAUCAGGAUACAGCGAAAGCCUACAUACAGCAUAAUAUAAGAAGAAGCACUUCAGGAAACGAUAGUCCCUCAUCGCCACUGUCGUCUUCGAGCCCUAAACCAUUGCUUAGUCCGCAACAGGGGCCGUAUAGUUUACAGAAUAUCGCUAGUCCUCGCUCAAGGCAGGCAUCGGUGGAGGUGGCGGCAGAAUCUAUGAAUACGGAGGAAGUUUACAAAAAUCUCCGCAAGACAACGGCUGAAAUACAGAACUAUAGCUUUGAAAGCAAGCUUGACCGUGAUACCAACAGCAAAGAUUCCGGCAUUAGUCAGAUGGGAGAAACGCACAUGAUGCAAUCAGUAACGGUAUUGGAUGGUGGUGCCGGUGUUUACGCUGGCCUGCCAUCCAAUGGAUUAAACGGCCAUAUGGGAGGAGCUUUGGCAGGACUCGAAAAGGACGACUCUUGCAAUGGAUCAAAGACGCAGUCAGCCACCACGACGGAGUCAAAUACGCCUGAAAACACCGUACGACUAGACGGUAUGGAUCUGGCCCACAAGACGAUAGCGCAACAGACGCAAAUGCUUCAACGCCACCAAAGCUAUAGUUUUACCGAUAAUGGAGAGCUCGUAUUGGACAAAGGUGUAAAAGAGAACGAUAUCAUAAAGGCAGCCAUCGUUCUAACGCUUCAGUCGGUACCAGAAACCACGAAACAGGUGUUGGAAAACCUUCAGAUUUGCAUCAAGCACGGAUCGUGUGAACUGCCCAUAAAAAAUUUUAAAGCAAUCAUGAAAAUGCUUCUUCAUCUUAUGGAAUCACAAAAUAACGAUGUGCUAAUAGCUUCGCUACACACGCUAGGACGCAUUGUACGCAGCGCGGAAAUGAAAACAUGCUGGAGUAACUUUCUCGAGUUGAUUCUAUUGAAAAUAAUAGACUGUUAUAAAAUUAGCAAAGAGGUAUCGAGAGAGAUCGACAUAAUCGUGGUGAAGAUCGCAGGCGUACUGCCGCUCGACAUUUCUGUGAACAUUUUGAACCCGGUCAUAGCGACUGGCGAAUUUCCGGCGAACUUAUGCGCGCUGAAAAUCCUUACCGAACUGACGCAGAAACAGGGCAAGGAUUUAACCGAUAAUCACCUAGAUAGUAUAAUGCCAAAUGUAGCUAGGCUUGCUGAUGAUAGUCAAUCGAUGGUAAGAAAAGCGGCCGUAUUCUGUAUCGUAAAACUGUACGUUGUGAUGGGAGAGGAUAAAGUGAAACCAAAAUUCUCCUUAUUAAAUGCGAGUAAAAUAAGAUUACUGAAUGUGUAUAUUGCAAAAUCAUUAGGUGGUGGAAGUGGUAGCAGUAAGGGAGGAUCAACGACCACAGGAAUGUCAUGAUCCAAAAACGCCAAGUGAUUAUUAUUCAAAGGACGCAAGUUUGCUAGGCUGCUUUGUAAAUUUCGUAGAAGCAUAUCUGCUAUCCAAGAGUAAAGUUAUUUAAACGUACUACAACUUCCCUGAUCCGUUUAGCGCUUCAACCUCUCACAAUCGCACAUUAUACUCUAUUACUGGUCUGCCAGUGAACUAAUCAAGCAACAAAACCAAUCAUGUGUAGCAGAUUCCGCCUACCCGUUUCUUUAAAGGGGCAGUGAAUAGACAGAAUCAGAUUUUAAGAAAGUAUGUCCACAGUUUGGGUGCUUGCCCAACAUCUUGAUAGUUUUAUUUUAUUAUAUCUGGUUGUGCUUUAAUAAUCUUGACUAUGCUGUAAAGUAACGGCUUAUGGUUGGCCCAUACAGUGCCGGAGGUUAUACGAUUCAAACACAAAGGUCAACUUAGAAAACAUUUUUUAAUAUUGUUUUUCUUUUGUUAACCUUGGCUGUACAUUAGAAGAGCAUGGAAAACUUGACAAACAUCGCUGGAGGUGCGUGAGCAAAUUAAUCGAUGACCAGCAUAAUCGCGCAUUUGUACGUCAAUGGAAAUGAAACACACAGGCCACAGUAACUAACAUUCAUACCCCAUUCGCACAAGCUAAUGUUGCGCGGGUAGAGCUGCUUUUCCGAUAUAUCUGAUGGGCCGUGUGGGCACAUGGUCUUUCUAGAAGUAAACAUUACAUGGACACUAUACUAGAAUUGUUUGAAUUGGCCGUUGUUUGUUGUGUCCUAGACGUGAAAGUAUGAGUAUUAUUGACAAAAACUGCUGAUUACCAAUUUUUUAGUUGUUGGUUAUCCUGGAAGUGCAGCAUUUUACUACGACAAAACGCUUCGCGCUUCGCAAUGUGCAUAUACCGCGGCAAAACACACAUUGCAAUGUACUAGCUAGUGUGAGGAAUUAUUGUGUAUUGUUUAUGUAACAUUAGUUUUCAAUAGCCUCCCUUACACAGUAAAUAAUUGAUCGGAACCAUCACGAAGCUUUUGCCUCGUGCGUUUAAGAAAUGAUAAGGCACAAUACGCGAUAAGUGAAAGCUAAAAAAUAAUGUUUUUGAGAAGUUGAAAUACAACCAUAACUGGCGCGAAAACAUACUAACAAACAAUGUGUUUGACACGGUUUGUUGUAAGUACCCAUGCAGGGAGAGUAAAAUAGUUGGUUUAAUUUUUCUCUAAAUCUAAUCGAAAUAAUUGAUUCUGGUUCAAUGUUAAUGUUGGCGAGCGAAAAAUAAAAAAUAGUUUAAUGAACUGCACGGGCACUACUAUUCGUUCGGAAAACAAACACCGAUGAUAAAAUGUAUUUAGCGGAAAACGUGAAAUUAUCUAUCGAAAUAGCGAGCAGUUAGGAAGCUUCUUAACAUUUCCUUAUAUUUUAUGCAAAAACAACGGUUUGCAACAAGAGUAACUUGUAAUGGUGAAAGUGCGUAGGUGAUGCAAUAGAACAGCAAAUCGUAAAACUUUCCAGUAGAGAGUGAACAAGUGUGAAAAGAGAGAGAAAGACUACCUCUACUCGGGAUGUCUAGUCGCGUAAAAGUUAAGAGACAAAACAUGUAUUCCGUUUGUUCUUUGUUCAUGAUAAUCAUUGAGCAAAAUUAUUGUAAACGAGAAACUCAAGGAAAUAUUUAGUUUCCCAGAAAAAAAAACAGAUAAACAACAGCAAACUCUAGGAAAUGGGAAAAACGAAAUCGAACAAACACAGUUGUGCAGCAAAGUGCGAAAUGUAA